AUGGUACAAGAUAAAUCAUCUAAACAACAACAACAACAACAACAACAGCAACAACAACAAAAGAUAACUAUCAAUCUUGAAGAUCAAGAUGAACAUCCAACUAUACUCAGACAAAGUAUAUUAAAGUUAUCAAAUACGAUCAUAGAGUUAAAGUCAUCAGGUGCUGGUAGUUCUCAACAAUACAAUCAUCAACUUCAGUCACUUGUAGAUCUAUUAUUAUGUUCAAAGAGAUUAUUAACUACAAAUACUACUAUCAAUGCUACUUCAAAUAUACCUUUGAUACUUGAAACUAUUCUAGAUUGUGUAUGUAAAUCAUCGAUCGAUCGUUAUAUUAAAAGAUGUGGUGAAACCAAUAGAGUAGUUGAUCAAUUAGUUAAUUGUUUAUCAUCAUCUUCAUCGGUAUCACCAAUUUUAUUAUCAAACUAUGAUCAUCUAUUAAUAGGUGCACUGGUAGAUUUGAUUAUAUUACCAGAUUACAUGUCAUCACUGCUCACCACCUCCUCAAAAACUAAACAAUCAAUAUCACCAUUGGUAUCGAUUAUAAAGUCAACAAUCACAUCAAAAGAUCAUUUUGAUAGUAUGUUGUCAUCUAUCAUCUAUCACAUGGAAGGUGUAUUAUCAUCUGCCGUACCACCAUCAUUGAUCGAACAAAGAUAUCGUAUCAUUUUUGUACCAUUUAUCAACUUUAUCUUAUCGUCUGCUUUGUCUUUACAAACCAUUUCACCAUCGUUCCUCUUUAAUAGUAUUACAAGAUUGGCUCACAAUAUUGAUGCUCUCUAUUACCCAAUAUUGGAUACUCUUACAUUGAUACUUUAUUCUAUUCCAUAUGGACUAUCCUCUUCUUCUUCAUCUGCAUCACUUGCCAUAAUAAUCAAUUACUUGCGUGAUCUUAUCGAUUUGAUUAGAUUCCCAAAAUCGUCAACUACCACCACCGCCAACAACAACAAUGAUAUAGUUUCAAUGACUAUUUUCAAAUCAAGAGUAUUGUAUUAUAUGGUACAGUUAAUAGUACAAGAUAGUAUUGGAUUUGAUAGAAAUAGUAAUAGUGGUAUUGGAUUGGUAUCACAAUCAAGUAAUCUAUUAAUCUAUAUCAAUGAUCUCAUCUCUUUGGAUGAUUCACUUUUAUGGUCUACCUCUUCUUUUUCCUCCCCCUCCUCCUCAUCCUCUUCUUCUGACAAUGUACCAUUGAUCGUUGUAUUAAUGUACCAAGUGAGACAAACAAUAACAAAAAACCAAAAUAUGAUCAUUUCAAUUUUAAAACAAUCAAUAACAUCGAUUAAAAAUACAGCAACCAGCCGACAAAGACAUGCUCUUAGAUUAUGCAUCAAUCCACUACUCUUACUUGACUCUGCCUCUAUCGAUAGUAAAGAAAAAGAAUCAAUUAAAUCAUUGAUUAAAUCAAUAGAAUCAAUUGUUUUUAAUAAUCAAAACAGCACUACUACUACUACUACUACUACCACUAUUGUUGACAAUCAAACAACAACGAUUAAUCUCAAUAUUAAAUUAUCAGAAUCAAUGAUACUAUUAAAUAUUAUUUGGAAUUGGUAUCAUCAAAAUUGUGAAAUCAAUAUUUCAAACAUCAUCUCUUCUGAUGAUGGAAACAACAAUAGAUUGUACAAUAUGGUUCAAUUAAUUCAAAGUCAAUAUGAAACCUUUUCUUUGACCUCUGAACAACCAGUUACGACAUGCUUUGAAAUAUUAUUUUAUUUCUUAUCAUCAUUCUUGCAACAAACAAAUGUAUUGUCUUGCUCGAUUACAACUCCAUCACCAUCAAUGGUAGAGAAUAGUGAUCAAUUUAUCAGUUGUGUUUUGGAUUUACUUUGUAGUUUGGCCAUUCAAGGUGAUAAUACAGCCUAUCAUGCAGUUGAUCUAUUACCAAUUAUUAUGAAUAGAUUACAAAACGAAGAAUCACCAUCAAUCAUUCUCCAUCUAUACUCUUUAUUGGCUAGACUCUCCAAGAAUAGAAAAUGUUAUCCAAUUGUGUCAAGAGCUCUCCAAUCACUCUCAUCUUCUCCUGCAAGAUCUCCAUUGGCUACAAGACUUUGGUUUACAGUAUGGAAGGAAUCUUGGCGUGGAUUUACUCAUAUUCAACAACUUAUUGCAAAUAGUUGUACUUCUUCUCAAUCAACCAAAGACUCUACUGCUGCUGCUACUACUAUUAGUUUAGAAGCAAGAUUGGCAGCAUCUGCAACCAUUCUAGAUGUUUGCAAAGAGGAUGGAGGAUCUGGACAAGAAUUGAUUCAACCACUAUCUCUAUUGUUGUGUCGUGAUACUAAUCCAAAUGUAUUGGCCAUAUCUUUGGAUGCUCUUGCUGAAUUGUGUAAUCAAGAAGUAUUGUCAUUUGCAAGUGCAUGGCAAGUUGUUAGAAAGAAUCUGGGACAAGAACAAGGCUUGGAGGAUGGAGUACGCAACCCACUCGUAUUGGUCCAUUUAUUGCAAUUUUUCGCAUGUGGUGUUGCAGAAUUUAGACAACAACCUCUUAUCAACAUGGAAGAAAAGUUGUUAACUACUAUGCGAGAUAUUAUCAGGCGUUGUUGGGAUUUAUCAAAACACCAAGACAAGAGAGUACGUACAGCCGCUUUUGGUACAUUGGCAGAAUAUGCUUCACUCGAUACUGCAAUCAUCGUAGAACCAGAGAAUAUCCCCUCCUUAAUCAAUAUAUUAAAGAAUGCAAACUAUUUGGAAGCACAAUCGGCUGGAGGUCUAGAAAACAUUGACAAUCUAUUGUACAAUAUAUUAUCAUUUGAAUUAAAUGAAAAGCGUACAUUAAAGAGUAUACAUUUGACAUUGAAGCAGACAAAGGCUGUUAGAUUGGGUGAUUCAAUUGUACAAGUAGGUGAUUUGUUGCUCAAAGACUUUCAAGAGGAUCAACGUGUUGGUAUAAAACAAGGUUUACUUGGUGGUUUGCUCUGGGUGAUGGGCAAUAAAAAGGAUGAACAAGAAAAUACAGACUCUGAAGCUCUAGACGAAGAUCAAGAAACUAAAAAGAAACAACAUCAACAAGAGAGUAGAAAAGAAAUUGCCUUGAAAUACAAAGCAAUGUCGAAUCUAUUAUCAGAUGCUCUCGAAGAGUUUGAUACAAGCAGAGACACUAUUUUAGAACUCAUGUCUGUAGGAUCAUGGAACAGAUUUAUGAUUUCAUGUUUCUCUUAUCAAGUCAAAAAUGAAAUGGUUAGAGCUUCACUCAAACAUCAACAACAACAACCACAACAAUCCUUGAAUAAUUUUAUUCUAGAAAAAGAGGUUAUGGAAAAGGUGUAUGGUGAUUUAUACAAACAACUAGAAACCAUCAUAUUAAAUAGUAACUCGACACCUUUCCAAGUUGACAAUGCCGUCGGUGUAUUGGUAGGACUUGGUAGACAAUUACCACAAACCUGUUAUAUUCUAAUUGAACAGUUGGCAAAUCAACUCUAUCAAUGGGCAUCAAGUAGUAGUAGUAGUAGUGUCAACACAAAUGUACAAAAAGCAUCUAUUCGUGCUAUUGGAUCAUUGUUGCCUCUUUUAUUGGAUGAUAGUCCUAUUUUCAAAGAUUGUGUCCAACUUUUGGUGUAUGGUCUAAAUAAUUUAUCUAAAGACGGUCAAAAAACAAUCAAUAGUUCCUAUAUCAUUGCUAGUGGCUUGUCAUUGAUGAUUAUUUCAUCUCAAGUAGACUAUAAACAACUAUCACAGACACGUAAUCAACUUUACAAAGAAUUGUUUGAUAGUUUAGUAGAGGCCUACUCCAACUAUAAACAACAACAACAACAACAAGAUGAAAUAUUGUAUAGUUUUAUCUUGUCACUUUGUUACUCUACAAGAUCAAUGGAACAAUUUGGACAAAAGACUAUGAUUCUAGAACUCUAUGAAAAGGUGAAUCAAAUUUCAUCAAGAGAUGCAAAUGAUGACAAUUGGCAAUUAAUUGGUAUUUCACUCUUGGCCAAACCUACAUUGCUAGGAAGCAUGUUGAGAAUGAAUUUAGUUGGAACCAAAGAAAUAUCUGGCGAAACCCUUGUUGCCCAACUUUUGGAACAAUAUUCCUCCAAAUUUGAACCUGCCUAUAGAUCACACAAACAUCUCUCCAUUAUGGUGGCAGCUGCAAGAGGAUCCAUCGUUCAACUAUUGACAAACUACAUUUCUAUUGAUGUAGUAGAGUCUAUGUUGCAAGAAUGUUCCAACAAUCUAAAGUCAACCUCUUCAUCGGUUGAAAAGGUAUCAGCAACAACACUCUCUGCAGUAUUACUCGGAUCACCACUCUUUGGCUUGAAUAUAGACUCUGUCAUUAGAACCAAAUUGAACUCAGCCACUCUAGAGAUUAUCAAUUCUCAUCCUUCAAAGAGAAAAGAAUGUCAAUCCAACAUUAAUCUACUAUUGACAAGAAUGAUCGAAAUCUAUAAAACAGAUCAAGAUAGUAGAGUUGUCAGAACUAUUGCCUGGUGUCUUGGAUCAAUGACUGGUUACUCUGGUUCUUCCUCCUCUUCAUCCUCAUCCUCUUCUUCUUCUUCUUCUUCAUCUGAUAAUGUACCAGAUAAUUUAGAUCACUUAAAAGAUGAUUUAUUAAUUAAACACUUGUUUAGUGUAUUAUUACAACAACCCAACAAACCAAAUCAACCACAACUAAUGUCAAUAGUAUUAUCAGUACUAUCAAAGGUUGAUGGUACAAAGCUUCCAAUUGUCAAUUGGGGAUCGCUCAUCAAACGUAUCUUUUCAAAUACCAAUGAUUGUCAACUACGCAAACAAUGCAUUCACUUUACUGCAACAAAUAUUACCUUGUCCACCAAUGCAAUCAAUAUGGUAGAAUGGUUAAAUGUAACACACUUUCAAUCACUCGAUAGUUCUAUUGUCAAAAAGGCACUAGUAAAGGCUAUACCCAAUGUAAUUGCUUUUAUGCCAGUUUCAAGAGUACCACUUAUUAUUGGUGAUCUUUUAGUGUCAUUGGCCAACAAUACCUUGUCCAUCUACCAAUCAUCAGACAAACACAAACAAACUAUUUUAGUUUGGGAAACAUUUGGUCGUCUAUGUAAUACCAAGUCAUCAAACGUUUCUUUGGAUUUAAUCAAUAGAAUUUACAGUCAAACCAUUCAAUUGAUCGAUAGUUUACCAAUUCCCUAUCAAUUCAAUCAACAUUUUGACAUUCUUAUUAAAUCAGCUAUUGAUACAUUGGUUCAACUACCAUUUAUUCAACUUGAUAAGGUAUUGGCAGCUCCAUUGACUGCAUCUACCAAUCAUCCAGAUCUAUUGGCAAAAGAAUGUCGCAAUAACAUUAUUUAUGCAUCUGUUAUAAAAUAUCAACAACAACAACAACAACAACAACAAAACAACAAUUUAGCAAUAUUGACAAAAGAACUAAAUAGAAUUAAAUCAUGGUGCUUCUCUAUUACAGACAAUCGAUCAAUGAAUAUGAUUUCAAAAUAUUUGGAUGCAAUGAUUGUAGAACCAUUAAUUGUAAUGAAUCAAUCAUCGAUUGCAUCAGUCGUUUUGGAUUUAUUAGACUCUAUCAUUUUAUCUCAAAAUUUGGAAUUGGGACUUGAAUUGAUAUCACAAAUUAUCAUUAAAUCAUUGUUGAAUAAUAAUAAUAAUAAUCUAUUGAAACCAAUAACAUUGGAUUUAUCAUUAUUAUUAUCUUUUUCAAUUGUCAAUAACAAUGAUACAACAAUAACAACAGCAACAGAUAAUAAUAAUGGAUUUAAAAUAAUAUUACCAAUCUAUCUUGAAUACUUUUUACAACAACAAUCAUCACAACAACGCCAAGAUAUUAUCCAAAAAAUUGGUAAUAUUUCAAAUCAAAAUCAUCCCAUCAUUAAAAGAAUAAUAAAUCUAUAA